ACCCCAUCUACAUAUAUAUCUCGAUCGCUCUCUCUCUUUCUCUCCCUUUUAGUUUUUGUAAUUGUUUUGGUUUAGCCCAUCUUCUUAUAUGUUAAUUCUUGGUCGGAAUUCGGCGGGCAUUAAUCGCAUUAUCAUCUGAAAUGGCAGCCGCAUACUGCAGGCGGGCUCUGCUAAUGGCCCCCCGCUUGCAUGGCGCCAACCGGGUCGGAUUCGGAUUCAGAGUAUCCGCAUCCAGAACCUUCUCCGAUCACGUCUCCCGACCCUCCUGCGAUCUCGUUAGACCCGACUGCAGACGCCUCAUCCUCGUCGACACUUUGGCUCUCGUGAGGAGAUUGGAGGCGAACGGGUUGCCGACGAAGCAAGCGGAGGCGAUCACGGAGGCGUUGAAGGAAGUUCAGAACGACAGCUACGACAAUGUCUCUCACAACUUCGCCUCCAAAGUUGACAUGGAGAAAAGCGUGAUGAUGCUCGAAUCCAACUCCUCCAAAUUCGAAACCGAAGUUAAAAGUUCUGUGAUUCACCAUGUAUCCUUACUACAACAGGAGAAUGAGAAAUUGAAGUCCGACAUUGAAAAAAUCCGCAGUGAGUUAAGAUAUGAAGUCGACAAAGUCACAGCAGGCUUGCGUUUGGAUCUUAAUCUUGAAAAAGGGCGAAUCCGGGAUGAGCUCAACCAUCAUCAUCAAGAAACUAUUAACCUCAAUAGCAAGAUAGAUCGAGAAACUCAUGGAUUGAGGGCACUUAUAGAAGCAUUGAAAUACGAGUUGAUCAAGUAUUGUGUAGGUACAUUUGCCUCCAUUGCUGCCGUUGGUCUCGCGCUGCUUCGCGUUUUUCUCUGAUACUUUGCACCUUCUUAAUUUUUCUCAGAAUAAAGCUUUAAUUAAUUUGUACACUAUCAUAAUUUAUUUUAUUUAUUCUUUUUUUAGAACCCUUGUGCCCGCAAAAAUUCAAUUUCACCUCCCUCCAAAUUAAUUUUUUGCGUCCCCCCUUACUAAUGAUAGGAAAGAUGUUUGUUGACAGUUCAACAAAUUGUAAUUUAGUGACCUAAAUAAUCUUCCGCUGCCAUAUACUUCUACGUUUGAUGUAUGCAUUGCAAAUCAGUUUUUCAAUUAAAUUGUUUUCCGUGCACUACAAAAAAAA